AUGUCUCACCCGGAAAACGUCAAUAGCUUCGUCAGCCGUCUCGCAACCUUCGAGUCCCCUCGCCAGCUCUCCAAGAGGCACGCGUCCAGCUCCAAGAAGAGAACCGCAACCACCGUGUCCUGGCCCCACGAAACUCCGAGCCCCGAGGACCUCGCACGGGCUGGCUUUUACUACGCUCCAGACGCAAACCACCCCGACAAUGUCGUCUGCUUCAUGUGUGACAGUAAGCUGGAUGGCUGGGAGCCAGAAGAUGUCCCGGCACUGGAACACCUUAGCCAUGCACCAGCAUGCGCCUGGGCGAUCAAUUCAUGCAUACCUUUGCGCGAUGCAGACGAGAAUGAAGACCCCAUGAGCGAGCAGAUGGUCGCUGCCCGCGCCGCCACAUUUGCCGGAUCCUGGCCACAUGAGAAAAAGAAGGGUUGGAAAUGCAAGACAAAGAAGAUGGUUGAAGCGGGGUGGUGCUAUGACCCAAGCCCGGAUUACGAAGAUGGAGUCGCUUGCUUCUACUGCAUGCUCUCGCUCGAUGGUUGGGAACCUAAGGAUGACCCAAAGGAGGAGCACUACAGGAGGUCGCCCGACUGCCCCUUCUUCAUGCUCAUUGAUGUAUAUGCGGGCGCCAGAAAAGCUACGAAGGGGAAGAAGGGCCGUGCAUCCACUGCUUCCAAGGCUUCUCGACUCUCUGUCCAAUCAACCAGGGACUUCGACACGUUCUCCGAGGCUCCAUCUCUCAUGUCCCUGGGCGACGACGUUCCUCUCGAAGACGACAGUGUGCUGACUACGGCCAGCAACGCGACAACAGCUUCCAUGGCUCGCGGCAAGAAAGGAGCUGGCAAAGCUAAGGCUGCCACCAAGAACACCCGCAAGACCAACAGAGGCAAGAAGGCUGCGGAGGAACCUUCAGUCGUGGAGAUCGAGCCGCCAUUGGAUCUUGCCAAUGCCGAUCUAUCGCUCGGAGAUCUCAAUGCAACCGACGGGGAUAGUGCCAUGACCACGGCAACCACAGCAUCGAAGACUGGCAAGGGCCGCAAGACUGCGACUAAGGCGAAGCCCGCGAAAGGAACCAGGAAAACUUCCAGGACAACCAAGAAGGCGGCCGCCGCAGAUUCAACUCUACUGGAUGAGCCUACGGCUGAGCCUGCUGAGACGGAGAUGGAGAUCGAGCCCGUACAUCCUCCUAGUAGAACUACCCGAAGGACGUCAAAACCCGAAGCGCCGUCCUACAUUGACCAGGCUUCGCAAUUGGAACCUCACGCCGAAAGCGAGCCUUCGAAGCCGAGAACGACACGGGCUAAAGGAGGACGGAAGGCCAAGACCACUGAAGAGUCGAGAUUGAGCAAUGAUGCAAGUCAGCUUCAGUCUGAACUGGAGGACGCUGUUACCAGGGCCGUGCAAGAGGAGCCAGCCAAGUCUAACAGAGGCAGCAAGAGGACAAGCGAUGGUGCUGUGAAAACCGGCGACUCUGUUGUCGUACUGGAGGAGCCUCCUAAGCCCACCAAAGCCAAGAGGGGACGAAAGGCGAAGCAGGUGGAAGAGGCUGCAGCCAAAUCUGAGCAUGAAGCUGAGGACACUGAGAACAUGCCGCCACCCAAGCCUACUACGCAGCCUAAAAGAGGCCGCAAAGCGAAGGAAGUCGUCGAAGAGAGCACUGUGGAGGCUAUCGGGAAGGAGCCUCGACGUGAGCCUACUCCUCCGCCACGCGAGCCUACACCGGUACAUGAUUCCCCAGAGCCAGCAGCCGAGCCAUCUCCUGAACCAUCUCCUGAAGCGGCGAAAGAGCCUACGCCUGCGCCUCGAGAGCCUACGCCUCCUCCGCAGGAGAUUACGCCGUCGCCUUCGCCUCAAUCGUCAGAUGCGGAGAACAGGCCGCCGUCAUCACGGGUGGCGUCUUUGAACGCCCCUCCCUCGGCGCGGGCUCCCCUUUCCUCCCGUGGCACGCGUGUUCCUCUCGCGGAUGCUAGUACACCGCAGGCAUCUCCGUCCAAACGUAGUGGCAACGUCAUUGGUGGCCUCAGCUCUACGCAGCCUUGGGAAACGGUGGAUCUUGAGAACAUCUUCCUGCAGUCACCUGCCGCGAAGCGUGGUUUCCAUGCUAACGGGGAGGUGAGAGACAAGGAGAACGGAAGCGACUGGGAGGAGUUGUCGUUAGAAGAGGCGAUCCGUAAGGUGCGCCGCGAGAUAACAAGCGCAGAGAAGAAGAUGACGGUUGAGCAAUGGGUGCAGCAUCAGGCGGAGAAGGGCGAGCAACAACUCCGAGAGCAGUGCGAGCGUAUGGUCAACAUAUUCGAGACACAGGGGACGAAAGCCAUGAGGGCUCUGGAGGGGAUCCGCUGCACCAACUAG